ACAGACGCAGACAGCACAGCAUUGGCUAGCUCUCUCUCCCCCACAGACACAGAAGCCAGCGAGUGUCUCACAACCAAAGCUAACAUAGCCUUAUUAACGUGACGAGAGGGAGACUCAGGGAGACACGACUGACUGUCUACUCUCAGGGAGAGGAGGAAGCAGGGGACACUUGACUUCCCAACACCCUGAUCCAGAACACCUGGAGGGAGAAAAUCGUUCCCUCUGCAUACACUGAGGAACACACAACAACAACAAGCCUGAGAAGAAGAAGAGAGGUCUUUCACUUUCCCUUUCUCUCUUUCUACCUCUCUCUCUCCUGCUGUGGAGCUCAUCUCUCCAGUCCCUCAAGGUGCUCUGCUGACCGGGUUUGACUGAUCUGCUGUCAUCAUGUCAGAUGGAGAGGAGUGUCUCUCUCCCAUCGGUCUGGACUGCUGCUCCUGCUGCCUGGACCUGGCCAACUGUGACGACCCAGCUAGAGGUGGGGGCCAAGGCAGAGGCCAAAGCACCCCUCUGAUGGGCAGCCCCACGUCGCUCAGCCACUUCCGCCAGUUCCGUGAGCAGCUGACGUUCCAGAACCAGAACGUGAACACAGACAAGCUGAACAGCAUGAUGAGGCUGGACUCUCUGGAGUCUGUGGUCAGAGACCCCUGUUACCUGCUCAACGAGGGCAUCUGCAACAGCAACAUCGACCAGACCACGCUGUCCAUCCUGCUGUUCUUCCACAGUGCCUCGGGUGCUAGCGUUGUUGCCAUUGACAACAAGAUAGAGCAGGCAAUGGAUCUGGUGAAGAACCACCUGAUGUAUGCAGUCAGGGAGGAAGUAGAGAUCCUCAAGGAGCAGAUCAGAGAGCUGGCUGAGAAGAACAACCAGCUAGAACGUGAGAACAGCCUUCUGAAGAACCUGGCCAGUCCAGAACAGAUGGAGAGCUUCCGCGAACGGGUUCCGUCCGACUCAGACGCUCUGGUCCCCCUGCGGCUGGACAACCAGUACCAGCAGCAGGCCCAGAUGGGACUCCAUAACCCUGACCAGUCCUGCCACAUCAGCGCUGGCUCUGCUGUAUAGGUGGCUCUUCCUUGGACCUCCAAUUGUAAAGUGAUCGUCGCCGCCAACUUCAGUGAAGCUGUCUGUAACAGAUGAUGAAACACACAAUUGAUGAAAAGCACACGAAAAGACGCUCUAACUAGCGGCUAUAGGCUGAAGCUAUACGCUAAGAUAAGCCCGUCCUACGACAUCUAGACUCUUUCUCUUUAGACAAAAGCGCUAAACGAGAGGGCUCACAUGUAGCCAGCUGGAGAACGCUUGCAUUGGGACAGAGGUGAGGCUCCGGCCUUCUGGGGCCAGGAGGGCCAACCCUUCAGCCAUUCUCUACCACCCCUACUACAGAGGGGGGAGAGGGCUAAGAGACGGGGCUGGCCCGGGGAUCUGAUCCUGGGGAUGCCUCUCCAUACCUCUCCUGGUCCAGCCAAGGAAAAAUAACAUAUUUUCUCAAGACAGAUGGCCCUCCAGUCUCCACUAGAUCCCCCCCAUUUAACUAGGCAAGUCAGUUAAGAACAAAUUCUUAUUUACAAUGACGGCCUAUCGGGGAACAGUGGGUUAACUGCCUGUUCAGGAGCAGAACGACAGAUUUUUUUACCUUGUCAGCUCGGGGAUUUGAUCCAGCAACCUCCCAGUUACUGGCCUAACGCUCUAACCACUAGGCUACCUGCUACCUGAAAUCCAUGUGGAGUUCUUCUAACUGCUGAUAGUACAAGCUCUGAGUAGUUAGAAAAUAUCUCAACCAUCUUGUGAGUCUUUCCACCUGACACCAUCUACUGAUAUUCUCUGUCAAUAUUCCUUAAGAAGAAGCAACGUGUCUUUAGGAAACCAAACCGGAGCUCCAGUUGAACGAGUAGAGGAGAAGGAGGAUCUAGGAGAUCCUGGACUGUUGCUGGGAGAGAGAGGCUUGUUGCUUCUCUUUCUCAACCUCGCUGGUGAUAGGAGAUGCUGGACUGUUGCUGGGACAGAGAGGCCUGUUGCUUCUCUAUCUCAACCUCGCUGGUGAUAACUGAUUACCAUAAUCAUGAUUCAGAACAUCAUUACUUGUAUUCUUUGCAGUUGGGGUGUGCUGCUUUUUGGGGAAAAUCCUGCUAUUUCACAUUUGUUUUGUGAUUCUGAACAAAAUGGAAUGCUUGUUAAUAGGAGCAUUGUAACUGUUCAGUUAAAUGAUGUAUUAUGGGGAUGGAAGUAUCUACUACCCAGAAUGCCUAGCUCUGUACAUUUUACUAACAUGUUCAGAGUAGUGGGCUGGAGAUGAAUUUGAGCAGCUGAUUUUUUUUCUCUAAAGGCUGUGAAUGCGAUCCUGACCUAGCAGACAUGUUCUGCGUGUUCAGAUGCCAACCUCAACUUGAAUCAAUGGCAUGACUCUAGGUGCCUAUCUCCAGAAGAGGAAUAACACAGUUCCACAAUGGACAAUUUUGUGUUUUCUAACUACCAAAGACUUUGUCUCAUUCCUACUCCAAACGAAACCAAGCAACCUGGACCAUGUGUACAUCGUUCACAGGGAGAACUCUUGUCAGCGUGUGUUUUUGUUUUGAUAAACGUUGGUUAUUGUUGCUGGUAUUGUGUCCCUGAAACAGGUAUUUGUAAUGAUGGAUGCAAAAUGUCCAUUUGCAAUAAACCUUCUGUUUACACUAAACGCCA